AUGGAUCAUGAUUUCGUUCUCCAGCAGACGCUCCCGUGGAGCUUACAGCGCAAUCGGUUGGCAGAACUUCUGACGGCGGAUUUCACGGUUGCUGCAGGCUCAGCAGCUUUGGUCACUCCGGCCGUGAUGAUUCUGGAUAGACUGGUGGUGGAAAAGUCCUCUCACAAUCAACCUCUUCUGCCGGCAUUUCGUCGACAUCUGUGGCUCUCUAUCACGCAACCUGCGACCUUCCUUACCUCGCGACCCAGUCUGCUCGUCUGGUCCCUCUACACCGCAACCUUUGCCGCGGCUAAUGCCACCGAGACCGUCCUCAGCGAGGUCUAUCCACACAUCGACCACGCCCUUGCCACGACGUCGACCUUCUUAACCACGUUCGUGGUUAACUCCUCCGUUGGCAUCUGGAAGGACGUCAAGUUCGCUCAACUUUUCGGCCACAACCACAACACCAGCACCGCGGGGACAACCACACCCCCACCCCCGGCAGCGGCAUCAACUCCGGCGGCAGCAGCAGCAGCUACCAAACCCACCGCUGCUGCAGCCGCCGCGGCAUCCCAAAGCAAGAUCCUCCGCUCUGUCACCCGCUCUAUUCCCUUCGCUACCUACUCCGCCUUCCUCAUCCGCGACGCCCUGACGAUUUUCGGCUCCUUCAGCCUCCCGGCGAUGGUCUCCGCCUCAAUCCCAGACUCGGUGGCUUCGAGCGAAUACGCCAAGAUCCUCCUGGCGCAAUUGGCCAUCCCAGCCUCGAUCCAACUCAUCAGUACCCCGAUCCAUCUGCUUGGGUUGGACCUCUACAACCGACGCAUGGCGAUUCCGGCUGCAGACCGAAUGGCGCGGGUGAGUCGGGAUUGGAUCGGGGCGUCGCUGACGCGGAUGUGUCGCAUCAUUCCCGCCUUCGGUAUCGGUGGGUUUGCCAAUACCGAGGGGCGGGCCUAUCUCCAUGAGCAACUGCGGCUGUCCGGUGAGGAGUGA